AUGGCGGCCCUGCCCACCGGCUGGGAAUGGGACUAUGAUGGAUCCCGCUGGCUCUACCGCUACAGGCCCAACGGCCAUGAACAAUUCCACUUCCCGAAAGAGGGCGACGAGUUUCCAGACUUUGUUGACUGCUUUUCACCAGCCCCCGAGCUCGCCCCCGAAGAGAAACUCGAGAGCCAGCAACAGCUCAAAAGACGAACCACGGCCGAUGCCAAUCCCGUACCCCAGAUGCGCGCUACUGGUGGACCCAUGUCCGAUUUUGGUAUGAGUCGAAGUGGCUUCGGAGGGCCCAUGGGCAACGACGAUGAUGAUAGCGACGGCUUCUGCUUCCAGCCCGAGAACUUCAUGUAUCUCGGCCCCGGUGCCUACGACGACAUCAGCCUGGAAGCUGAUGAGGACGAGCGCGAGGAGGCAUUGGGCAACCCGGGCGUUGGCAAAGGCAGCCGAGGCAGCAGUAACAAUAAUCAUGCGAGGCUCGAUGUUGCCAGUAUAAAGUCGGGCGUGUCACCCCUGCAAAGCGAGACCAAUACUCCCUCCAUCAUCAACAGUGUGCCUGUGCGAGGCGCUGAAGCUGUAUCAGAGGCACCGGCAGAGAGGUCGCCCGUCGAGCAGCCUCUCAACAUCAAUACUGAUACCAGUCCGGACCCCAACCAGGCUCUUCCGCCGUCUCCUGGUGUUCCACUCCUCGAUUCAGUUGAAAAGCCCCGGCCGGGAUAUUCAGCAAGUUUCCAGAGACCGCCAUGGGACCCAGUAGGGACCAUGGCCGAAAUGGCAACCGAGCACACAGCGCCAGCUCACAUCGAAACCCAUCCUGAUCCGGUCGAAAUGGCCGAUACCGCAAUUUUAGCACCUAUUGAGACGAAUUUUGCAGAUUUGGGCAUUGCCGAACUGCCAGAGCGGGCGAGUCCGGCAGAAGCAAGGCCACAGCCGCCGACACAGUCUACUCACGAUUUGCUACACCAGACGAACAUGAGCGACGCAGCCCUCUAUGGCGCUACCUUUGGAACUGGGUCAAGGCCUCAGAAUUCGUCACCCUCUCGGAAAUCUCAAGUUUCCCAGGAGUCUCGGCACGAUUCGGCCACAGGAAUAAAGACUCCUGAUCACUCUCUGCCAGAGGUGGUACCUCAGCCGGCGCCGCAACCAACGCAAAGCCCCUCUCCAGGUGCUGGCGGAAGUGGUCCUUUCACCAUUAAGAGGAAGCCUUCCAAGUCGGCGGGGAAGCAGACCCAAUACCAACCUUAUGUACCUGGGGUAGCCAGCAGCGCAUCUUCAGAGCAGUCGCGCACGACUGACUACAAGCGCCGAGAACAUCGCAAUUCCCUUACUCGGGAUGGGUCAUUAAUGAUGGGACCACGAACCAAGUUUGAUCAGACAAGUAUGCCCUCUGUUCUCAAGCCUCCUCAGCUACCGCCAAAAGUUCCUAUCGAUUCGUCUCAAGCCCCAAGCCCUCCUGCCAGUGACCAGAGGGCUCUCAACUCAGCCAGCCAAAAUUCAGGUCCCGUCACACAGGGGCCCUUGCAACACUUUCCAUCGGUGCUGAAACCAGCAAGAGGACAACCACAGAACCGAGCUCAGGAGCCGUCACCACCGCAGUCAGCAUCUGCCGAUAUCUCACGUAAGAAAGAGAAAGGGAAGAAGGUACAAUACGCCGCGUUUCAGCCGGGUCUCGCAAGUCAAAAGGGACUCCAACUGCAAGGUCCUGACGUUCAACGGCCCGAAACGACGCCUAUCCAGUCAUCGCAAGAUCAGUACCGAAUGCUAAGCCAGAAUGAUCCGUUGUCUGCGGCAAACACCUCACCAGCGCCGGCCUUUCUACAACGUCCGCGGGCACAGAGUGAUUUUCGCCAACAACCACUGUCUAAUAGUCAACACCGAGCAUCGAUAGACUACCCUCUCGAUGGCACGCAACGACAUGAUUCUACACCAGACGGGGGGCGACCUCGCCAGACGUCGUAUGCUUCGAGUGAGGUCUCCUCCCUUGGGCCUCCCACGGGCAGCCAGUCGUCCGUUCCCCUCCAAACUCCGUCACCACUAGAGAGCGAGGGGAGACGUCAUUCGUCGGGCUUCUUCCAUGGGGGGAAUUCGAACUCAUACUCAUCGCAGUCUGGUGCUGGAUUUGGUACCGCAGGAUUGAGGACAGCCUCAACUUCUGGCCCCACUCCUGCAUUGACGACAAUGGAGACUGCCCGACAAGCCCCCAAGCCCGCGGAGAGCCAAGUUCCCCCAGCUCGACCAGGGAAGUUUCCAGUAUCGCCAGUGGCCAUGCCUCAUCCCGAUCAGGUCAUGGAGUCGCAGACUUUUGGUGAAACCUGGGCUCCUUCAUCGAAUCGCCGACAUUCCCUACCAUCUGGUGGCAUGGCGGACCAAGGGGCACUGCCGGUAUCCCAGCAAUUACAGUCAGAAAGGUACGAAUUGUCCGAUCAGAGCCAAGGUCAAGUACAACCUCACUUCGACUCGAUUCAUUGGGAGAUAAGCGGCACUAGUGCACCUGAGGCUGCCCAUGGCAUUUCGAGGCCAUUUUCGGCGCAUCCUACGGGCAUGCAAGCAGGACACGCUGGUAGCACACCUUCAGGAACUAAAGCUCCGAUCGUACCACGGCCACCGUAUACAGCCGAGGAAAAUCGCCAGUCCGGGAAUCGCCCAUCUCGUCCUACGGUGACCCUUCCGUCACAAAACGCACUUGGCCCAAUGAGCCCUUCCACGCCUAUAAGAUCUCCCGGUCAUCUACUUCACCCAAUUCACGAGCAUAAUGAGAUUAACAAUGUGAUGGUCACUGCUUCUGCUACCCCGGAAGCUGGAGACCCUUCUGACGCUCGAGGGUACAUGUAUCCUUCUGGACCGAGCCCUCUCUUCUCUUCCGCUUCCAAUCCAGCCCAUUACUCAGUGGCGAACAACCAUCCAUCUCUCCAGUCUCCAGUCAACAUUGCAGGUCUACCUCAGUCAAAUCGAAUGCGCCCCGGAUCAACACCGCCUGUCAUGCAACAUUCGGCAAACGGAAAGGAAAAGGGAGGCUGGCUAUCCAAGUUCAAGAAAGGAGGCUCUAACAAGUCCACUGUCCUUCAAAAGGCGCCGCCGCCACAACAGGGCACUCCAAUCCAACAGGCGCUGCAACCCGCGCACCAGGAGGCAGGUCAGCAGUCGAUGCCAGUGAUGUCUAAACAACCAAAUAAUGUCUCCAGCGUCCAAUAUACGCCAUUCUCCCCACCAAGGAAUUCGGCCUCCUUGGUUAGCCAUGCUGUCGCUCAAAAUACUAGCAGUAUCCAGCAAGCACCAAUUCGCCAGAAUCUUUUGGUUCAAAGUAAUGCGUCUCUCUUUCCAGGGCCAAUGCCUCAGCCUACUUCUCAAGCCCAGCAGCACUAUGGUGAGGGGGGACAGGUCCAACAACGUUCAGCCAGUGUGCCACCCGGAGGCUUGGCUCUGCCCUCAGGGUCAUCGAUGGACCAGAUGGAUAAUCUUUCAGACGCUGCUUCUGUUUCGACCAUGGAUGUGUCUGAAGCGCAAGCGCAGCCGGUACUGAAGCCGCAGCUUGUCACAGUUGAGAGGCAUGUUGCUGUUCAACCGAACCGGGAGCAACCCGCCAUUCAAAGUGCUCGUCACAUUGCCCAGUCAGCCCGCCCGAAUGCUGAAGGACGUUCUGACCAGGCACUCGGAGACAGCGAACUUGUUGUUCAGCCUUUGUUCUCAAAGUCUCAAACCCAGACUACUGUAAGUGCAGUCCCUGUUAAUCAAGGUACUGUUGCCCAGAAUAAGUGGGCUAAAAAGCCUGCUGUGGACUACUCUGGGGACGAUUGGGGUGACGAUCCAUGGGAUUAUCAGUAG